UAUCCGUGCUUCGGCCUCUUUCACCUUCGGGAUUUUGUAAGACAAGGACGCCGCUAUACACACUCCACCACCAUGUCGAAGGGCUUCGAUCCAAUGAGCUUCGCCAAGGAUUUUAUCGCCGGUGGCAUCGCCGCCGCGAUCUCCAAGACGGCCGUGGCGCCCAUCGAGCGCGUGAAGCUCCUGCUGCAGGUCCAGGCCGCCUCCAAGCAGAUCACGGCCGACAAGGCGUACAAGGGCAUGGUUGACUGCUUUGUCCGCAUCCCAAAGGAACAGGGUGUUCUUGCAUUCUGGCGUGGUAACCUUGCCAACGUUAUCCGAUAUUUCCCCACCCAGGCUCUCAACUUCGCCUUCAAGGACAAGUACAAGCAGAUCUUCCUUGGUGGUGUAGACAAGAAGACACAGUUCUGGAGGUUCUUCAUUGGUAACUUGGCUUCUGGUGGUGCUGCUGGUGCAACUUCCCUUUGCUUUGUCUACCCCCUUGACUUCGCUCGAACCAGGUUAGCUGCUGAUAUCGGCAAGGGCGCUGGUCAGCGUGAAUUCAACGGUCUGGGAGACUGUCUUGUUAAGAUCUUCAAGGCUGAUGGCCUCGGUGGCUUGUACCGUGGCUUCGGAGUAUCCGUACAGGGUAUCAUCAUCUACCGUGCUGCCUUCUUUGGCUUCUACGACACAGCUAAGGGCAUGUUGCCUGAUCCUAAGAGUGCUGGCAUCAUCCUCUCAUGGGCUAUUGCACAGACCGUGACCACCAUCUCCGGUAUCAUCUCCUAUCCCUUCGACACUGUGCGUAGGCGCAUGAUGAUGCAGUCUGGUCGCAAGGGUGCUGAUAUCAUGUACAAGAACACCAUUGACUGCUGGAAGAAGAUUGCCAAGAAUGAAGGUAGUUCUGCUUUCUUCAAGGGUGCCUUCUCCAAUGUUCUCCGUGGUACUGGUGGUGCCCUUGUCCUGGUAUUGUAUGAUGAAAUCCAGAUCGUCCUGUUCGGCUCUGCAUCAAAGGGUGGCGAAUAAACCUCUGGAUACAUUACAACCUUAUGUUCGUCGAUCUGCUUGAGAUACUGGAUGGGGAUGACAGAAAAUGGUGGGGUGAAAGAGGACUGCUGUUGGGUAUGCAUAAAUAAGAAAAUAUUUCAGCCCAAAGGCCUGUCUUCUGCCAUGUGUAUAGUAAAAUAGUUCCAUGAACUGUACUCGCCUCUGUCCAGCAUGUAGAUCUACAGAUUGAUGCCCAUGUUCAUGUUUUAUAUUAAUUAUAAAGUGGGGAUUUUAGAACAUAGUUUGUACAGAAUAUCAAAUUCAGAAAGCCACAAAUGUCACCAAUUUUCAAUGGCAAAACCAUUCCUGUAAUAAAUUAUCAUAAGUAAAAAAAAUAAAAAAAUCGAAACACUGAA